AUGACCACAGAGACGACGUACGGCCACCAGGACGCGCUGCCGCCACUGCCGCUGCCCGCCCUCGAGCAGACCCUCGAGGCCUACGUCAAGAGCUGCGAGCCGCUGCUCACGCCCGCCGAGCUCGAGCACACGAAGGCCGUGUGCCACGACUUCCUCCAUGGCGUCGGCCCGAGCCUCCAUGCGCUCCUGGAAGAGCGCGCGGCCUCGGAGAAGAAUUGGCUCGAAGAGUGGUGGGAGACGUUUGCCUACAUGCAGCCGCGGUACCCGUCCGCGAUCAACAUCAACUGGUACGGUGUGCUGCCCGGCAACUGGGGCCCGCGCGAUAUGAGCCAGUGCGAGUCGGCCGCGAUCUUCACGGUCGCACUCAUGAAGUACCGCAAGGACAUCCUCGCGGAGAAGAUUCCGGCCGAAAAAAUGAUGGGCAAGAAGUUGUGCAUGCACCAGUACACGCGCCUCUUCAACUCGUGCGUGAUUCCCGACGAAGACUGCGACGAGAUCCGCGUGUACGACCACACGCAGAAGCACAUUGUGGUCCUCCGCAACAACUGCAUCUGGGCCAUGGACGUCAUGGACGACAAGGGCGAUACGCUGCCGCUGGCCGAGCUCGUCAACCAAUUCGAAGCCAUUCGCGCCGAAGCCACGGGUCUCUUUGACCUCGAGCGCUACCCGCCGGUGAGCGUGUUGACGUCCGAGAACCGCACCAACUGGGCCAAGGCUCGCACCUACUUGGUGGAGCUCGAUCCGUGCAACCAAGCGUCGUUUGAGAUCAUCGAGAAGGCCAUCUUGGUCAUUGCGCUCGAUGAAUCGUCGCCGGCCACGAGCGAAGACAUUGCGCGCAACUGCCUCCUCGGCGACGGCCGCAACCGCUGGUACGACAAGCCCGUGAACCUCGUCGUGCACGAGAACGGCCGCACGGGCAUCAACGGGCAGCACGCGUGGGCGGACGCGCUCGUCGUCGUCCGUGUGUUUGACUACUGCAUCAAGUAUGUCAACGAAAACUUCAAGACCAAGUUCCUCGAGCACUCCAAGAUUGCACCGCCGACGCACAAGCCGCGCCGCUUGCACUGGAAGAUCGACAACAAUGCGAUGACGGCGAUCGAAUGCGCGUCCGCGGCCGUGAGCAAGCUCAUCCAGGCAAGCGACAUCUCGACGAUGCUCUUCCAGCACUAUGGCCACGCCUUUCUGAAGCGCUACAAGCUCUCACCCGACUUUUUCGUGCAGCAAGCGAUCCAGCUUGCCUACUACAAGACGUUCAAGUUCCUUCCGGCCGUGUACGAGACGGCGCACACGCGCCUCUUCUACCACGGACGCACCGAGACGGUCCGGUCGCUCACGAACGAGUCGCUCGCGUUUUGCAAGACCAUGUGCACGUCCACUGACAACUCUGAAAAGUGGGACGCCCUCCAGACCGCGAUCCAGCGCCACGGCGAAGUCAUCAAGAACAGUCUGCUCGGACAAGGUGUGGACCGCCAUUUGAUGGGCCUUCAAAUCGUGUCGGAGAUGUCGGGCAUCACGCCGCGCCCGUCGCUCUUUUCCGACAAGGCAUACGAGCUCUCGAAGCGGUACCGCAUCUCGACGUCCAACAUCAGCGGCGGCGCGGGCGCGAGUCCGAUCUGGGGCGGCUUCUCGGCCAUGUACGACGACGGCUAUGGCAUCUGCUACGCGCUCCAGCCCGACCGCAUCAACUUUAGCAUCACGUGCUACAACAACGAGGCAACGACGUCGGCGGCUGCGUUCAAGCGCGCGCUCGAGGCCGCGCUCCUCGAAAUGGUCGAGCUCUGUCUCUCGCGCAACGUCAUUUACGUCGGCAAGUCCAACUUGUAG